GAAAAGACGCUUCGUCUUCGUCGACGAAGGUCCAAACUUUUCUUAUAAACAAUUUUAAAAGGGGUUUCAUAUUUCAUAGUAUUCAUUAGUAAAUCUGAGAUAGUUGAGGAAAAAAAGAAGAAAAAAUGGCGUCAUCACAAGCAUUCAUUGAUAAGGCGAAGACCCGUGAAUUUUAUCAAAAUUUCUGGCGCACUGAUCUCUUGAACACCAUUAAAGCUGAUACCGGAUAUUGGUGUUUUGCCUUGUGGUGUUCACCCUGUGCAUCCUAUUUGCUUCGGAAACGAGCUUUAUAUGGUGAUAUGAGAAGGUAUAAGUGCUGCGCUGGUUAUAUGCCUUGCAGUGGUAGAUGCGGAGAAAUUCAUUGCCCUGAAUUUUGCCUUGCAACUGAGGUUUGUUGUUGCUUUGGAACAUCAGUGAGCUCAACUCGCUUCCUGUUACAAGAUGAACUCAACAUAAAAACAACAAAAUGUGAUAAUUGCAUUAUUGGUUUCAUGGUCGUCCUCGGAUAUCUUGCUUGCCUGUGUAGAAUUUUGGCUGUAGUUACUGGAGACGACGAAAUUGAAGAUCUUGCUCAUGUGUUAACAUGCAUGUCUGACACAGUCUACUACUCGGUUUGUGCCUGCAUGCAGACACAACACAAGAUUGAAUUGGACAAAAGAGAUGGCAAGUUUGGUCCAAUGACUGUGCCACCAGUUCAGCAGAUGUCACGGCUUGAUCAGCCUUACGCGCCCACUGUUGGAUAUCCUCCGUCAUAUGGUGCACCACCGCCUUACGGUCAACCACCACCGCAACAAGGUUAUCCGGCUACUGGUUACCCACCAGCCGGAGGUAAUUAUCCUCCCGGAGCUUAUCCGCCACCGCCACCACCUGGUUACUGGCGAUGAAGUUUUUGAAAAUUUAGUACUUAUGUCAUUUCAACUACGUACUAAAGAAGCUGUAUAUGAUUUAUCUCUACGAUCAUAUAGGGAGGGCGUUUAUAUAGACCACAAACUUGAAAGCAUUUAUAUUUUGCUUGUUCUGAGGUUGUCUAGAUUUCCCUGCUCAUGAAAAAUGUGUAGUAGGCUUUUUUGUGAUUACCAAAAUAACAUAGCAUUUUUGUGUAUCAUAGAGUUGAGUUAUUUUUGGUGUUUGGAUAUUACAUUCAUUGUGGACAUGUGAUGUGUUAACCCAAAUGAAAAAUUCAUUUGGAUUGUUGUUUA